CCCUAUUAAAGGUGCGAAUCGAUUGAGGGGUCCCAAGCAGGAAUACUUCUUGUUUCUACAGAAGGACUCACACUUCAGUUGACUAUGGCUGGCAGACAGGCUGUGAAAGCGUACUUAGAUCUUGUGUCUCAGGCCUGCAGGGCUGUACUAAUAUUCCUUAAACACAACAAAAUACCACAUACGGUGGAAAACAUUGCCAUACGAAAAGGGCAGCACAAAACACCCGAGUUCACCAAACUCAACCCCAUGCAAAAACUGCCCGUGUUGGAGGACAAUGGAUUUGUUCUCACUGAGAGUACAUUCGGAUGAAGUUACCUCUCGAAGUCCUUUUCCCUGACGCCCUCUUCUCGUUGGUUUCUUCCAUUUUGAUUGAAUUUGGAACGACGGGGCUGGCCCAAAAAAGGUUUUCUCUGUCGUGAUGGAUUUUGAGAAGACGACGUGUUGGAAUCAUCUGAUUCUGAAGCACUCGUAAAUCUUAGUCCCCCUCGCUGUUGUUGAGGUUUGGAUCUCUCCGACAUCCAGGUGUAGACUUUGUGGUCUUUAUAGUCCAUGGUGUCUCUUUUGAACUUGUUAAUCUUGACAUUGAGUAACUCCAUUCUGAAUUUAUCAAGUUUUUCUUCCAUUUGUCUCUGAAGAUCAUCCAGUUGUUUCUUAUCAAAUUUGUGAUUAAUUUCAGUCUUAUAAUUUUCAAUUUUUUCAGAUAAUGACUUCGUUUCUUUCAGUGAACUCAAUGAUCAAAAGCAUUAGAUUAAUCGAACAAUGGUUGAGAAUCUCACACCAUUUUUUGCAGAAUUCAGAAUCAUCUCAUCCAAUCGUCGGUUCUUUUUGGAUUCGCAAUCCCGGUGGUAUCCGACCAUUUCUGUAAUACUCACUCAAUGUUCGGGCAUGUAGCUCCAUUCGAAUACCUUUUUGUUGAAGUGCCAACAACCUUUGUUCCAUUUGCUCUAUCGUUUCCUUUGUAGAAAUUGAGGACGUGAGUAUUUGGCCCGGUAGUAAAAUCUUUUCCACGUCUCCCAUGGUUAAUGUGAAUGUCGAAGCUUUUUCUUCAGUCAUUUUACUAAUUUCGUCGAAGGACAUCUUGUUAGGCGCUGGCAGCAGAUGCUUAAUUACAAUACAGUUCAACAACGUCGUUUGCACUGCGCUCUUGCGUUACUUGAUCUUUUUAUUUUGGUGCGUCAAUCUGUUGAGUUACUUAGUAUAGGAAAGUAUGUGUAAAAAAGGCCACACACAGGUUAUAUUCAUGUGUCUUAGUUUCCCUUGCAAUACACUACAUUCGACUCAGUCGCAGCAUCCAUCCCGCGAGCCAAUCAGCGCUCCGGGUAGGAUGCGCAGGUCAGCGGUCCCGCCCACUGAACUGAGUUAGAACGAUCGGGAAAGCGGGCGGAUGCUAGCAGUAUUGUAGCGAUUUAUCUUUGCUAAAGUUGUGUGCGUGCCUAUAAAGUAAGUAACAGUUUGUUCAUCCAUUGCUUUCUGCAUUGUUUGUGAACGUUUAACUGCUCUGAGCGUUUAUAAGUUAAUGUAUGUGAGUGACAAA